GGAACAAUUGGAAAAGGAGCCUUAGUAAUCGAGAAUCUCGACGCCAGUGAGUUCUGCUCGAGCUCCUGAACAGAAACUCGCUCAGUGCUCAUAUUCGUUUGGUAUGCACACUCCUGUGGUUGGAUUAUGGUCCAAGUGUUUGAUGACCAUCUUAGAAAUAAUCCCUUUGAUUCCAGUUACAAACAUUUCAGCUCUCGAUGAAAUUAUGAGAGGUCAGCUCCUCUCAGAUAAUUUGGCUCAUGGAACGCACUGGCACCGAGGUGGCCAGAGUCUUGCUAUUCUCCACAAUUCGCAGAAGUCAAAAGUUCUCAUUACUUGCAGGUCACACGAGCUAAUCCAGAAAAAUGUCGACAUUCUGGAAGCCUCAUUUCUGUGAACUCAUACUCUGGACAGGUUGUGAAUCUGUACAGCUGUUACUACCAAUUGAGGCCUCGACAAUUCAAUAGGUAGAAUCAAUGGCUCGGGAAGUCUAUCGAUCUGAUAUUCCCCUGAGACCUGAAUGGUGAGUCACUGGCCUUCAACUAAGCCGCACCACGGAGAAGAUUGCAAGUCAGAUCUCGUUCCAGAUUUGACCCGACCCGAUGCACGACCGUGCUCAAAGAUUGCAAUCCUACAUUCUGCUGACCGUCCUGGAGGGUCAGGGAGACGAGAUGCAGUAGACAUGAAGUCUUAUUCUGAAAUUCGUACCUGUGCAGGUAAUUCGAUGUCAGAUUCUCAGAUUUCUCAGACUUCGACCUUUCAGUGCUCCUUCCGAACGGAGCGGAAGGUAACCGAUUCACAAAUCGAACGGUUAGAUUCUGUCUCUUCAAGCUCUCGCUUCUCAGCAGUAGUUCCGUGUGUUCCGAAUUCGAUAAAUCUCAUCGCUGAAUUUGACAUUGUUGCCUCAUGGUCGAGUAUUGCUCCAUUCAUCUGCUCUAGUUCACAGGAGCCACUGCAAUUGCUUGUUGUCCACUCAGUUCUCGUUCGAUGGUCGACGAGAGGUGCAGUGCAUGAGUAGAGUUGUAUUCGGAGCGUGAAGGCGACAAUUUUUCGGAUACAUGGCGCGGAUUGACGAGAAUGGAGUGAGGCAUACGUUUUUCUCGCUCGGAAACCAUCACUUGAACCAAUACUGUGCGGCAUCAUCGGCAGAGAACUUCGUGAGAGAGAAAUGGGGCGGGUACGACAAUAAUGGUGAUGAGAUUGACAAUUCCAGUGCCAGUGCUCAACCGAACGCGUCGGAGGAGAGCGCGUGCUGUAAGCAUCUGAUCCCGCUCAGCACCGACAGCAGUUGCGAUCCGUGCGAGUUUUGUCGAGGUGAGGCGCUGCUGGAAGACGCGGCUCGGAGCAACGCCCUCAUUGCUGAAGCAGACGAGUGCAACUGGUACAUGAACUUCAAGCGCCCGGAAUCUGCUCAAUCUGCUCAAUCUGCUCAAUCUGCACAAUAUCAUCCAGCGAAAAGUGCGAGAUGCGCGUUUGGGAUGCUGCAGAUUCUGCCGCGAAGCACUCGAACUGUGAACAAGCCCGCGAGCCAGGGGAGCAGCGAGCCGCCGCAGAGUCUGAUUUCCAGCAAGGGCUCCUUUUUACGCACCUGAGCGGUGAAAAUGGCUCUCGCAGCAGCAGCAUCAUCAUCAUCAUCAGCGACCAGUGACUCGUGCUACUCUACGUCGGGACCCGAACGAGAGGAGCUGCAUGCAGGCCACCGCAGCUCGUUGGGCUCCAUCGUCGUCAUUUCCUGGCAAGUUACCGGCAGCACAAGAUCAGACUGAGUCGAGUACACCAUAGCUGGCUCGAUGGGCUCUCGUCUUUUCUCUCGCUGCUAACUAACUGGCGUCGUGUCCACAAGGUGGUGAGGAGAAACAUAAGAACCUGGGCGAGGAUGAAAGUGCUUUCUCGGCUAUCCUCGGGGUGACUUUUAGGAGUUGGUAGGAGCAUGUCUAUCCUCAUUCUAGAUAUUAAAUCUCGCCACCGGCCUCCUCGUUGUCCUGACAAACUAGUCUUCGUGCAACUGAUUCUUUACUUGGGGAACGUAAACUGGAUUGAGGACUCUUCACACCAGCUCGAUGCGAUCCGAAAAGGUGAUCUUCGGUUGCAGAUUUAAUGGCUGGGAACAAAAAUGUGCUAACCUUCAGAGUUAUAAGCUUUUGCAUUUUUGUGCUUCAGCUGUUGUCUUCUGCACUGGAUCCGAGAACUGCAUCCUUUUGAGUAUCGUGCCAAAUCCCAUUUUAGGCAUACUUCUCAGGCACUCCACAGGAAUCUGGCCACGGAGAGAAAAGUGGUCUGCUUGAUAUGUUUUACGAAGCUGAAGACUCUGAGUGGUGAAGAUGGCUUGCCCUUUUGGAGCUACUGUGGUUGCCGAGAUUCGAGCCCCUGCUGGUUAACAUGGGAUGAAUGGGUUUUCCACUCGCAAAUGAUGAUUCACGGGCUCCAUACAUUGUCGCUAAGAUUGUCUUCUUCUCUUCUGGGCUCUGGGCCGUAGAAGGACGGGCCACCACCAUAGUUUGUGGAGAUAUUUAGGGCGGACGUGAGACUGCUUCGACGAGGUUUACUUCGAGAGUCACGUUGUAAAUGUGCGUUGCUCUCUCUCUCUCUGCCUACGGCCUAGUCACUCUCUCGCAGUGACGUGAUCAGUCUUCUUUUCAGACGAAACGUUCUCGAUUGUACAGCGACUCGUGUCCUAGAUAUCUAUCUCCAUCUCCAAAAGGGCUCUUGGGCGUGCCCGUGCAUCGUUUUAUAUUGGUCGGUAUUGAUUUCAUGCCGUUUUACUACUGCAGCUCAUCUGUGAGGUAGUCUGACCACACUCCGAGCCGCCUGAGGGCACUGAGAAUUAAAAGAACGACAAAUCACCAUGUUUGUAAGAAGCUUGGGAAUCUUCCGAUUUACAGCAGCUUGCAUGCAUGGUAAGUGGGAGCCAAUGAUUACCACACCGAGAGUGUUACACGAAAGAAGCAGCGCAGGAAGGUGUGGCAUUGCCUUUCACAACCUCGGAGCACGCUUGGACACCGAAUCUACAGCACCGAUUCCAAACAGUAUGAUGUCGAUAUUCCCCUCCUAAAUCUGGAGCAUGAGAUUCUAUUCAGCGUUGACCUGGGACCAAACGGAGCGCAGCUGAAAAUAGCGCCUACAGAAGAAUUCAGUUCAGCCCACCAGUAUAGCGAAAGUAGAUAGCGAAAACGUGUUCGUGCAUGAUGUUCCAGCGAUGUUGCCACAAAAGACCGGCGUUUUAAAAACAUCAUAUCUUGAGCUGUGAGCGCGGGCGGGGUCCGACAGCAAAAUAAAGCCAUCCCGUACAAACGCACAGGCGCAAUGAGUUUCUUAGGCAUGGACUUGGGAAUGUAGCCAAAGAAUAAAGCUAAAGGUCGGUCGGUCGAUGCGAUGGUUUUGCAUUCGGUUAAAAGUCGUGAGAGAAUUGCAACUUGACCUUCUCAGGAGCUCCGAGUCUCAGAAGACAUCGACGAGGUGAUUGAUUGGCCACUGAUGUGCUUCGCAUUCGAAGCAGGUCAGACAAGAAGAUCACUGGGCCUCAUGCUCAAUGAUAUUAUAGUCCUGCUCGCUGCCGUCGGGGCCAAUCGUGCGUCGAGUCUCAUGGUCUUUCUAUAUUUGACCGGCCGGUUUUCAGUUUUGGUCGCUUUAUGACUUCUGUAUGACGCCGCCCAUCAGUCUCUACGAGAUAAGAAGCUUCUGCAUUGGAGACGGGCAUUAGGCAUGAGAUAUUUCAUUGUAAUUUUUGUAAUAUUGUGAUUAUGAUGGCAGCUCAGCUUUUUGUAAUAGAGAAUUUGGGGAUUGAGUACGAAUCAGUAGUAGUCAGAGGCAGCAAGGCAUGCAGCUUCGAUCAUGUGGAGUGGAGUGUACAACGACUGAAGAACUGAAGAGUUCAGAACGCUCAGAUGUGUGAUGAGACAGAAGUGUGGUAUUGGG